UGUCAACUGCUUCGUUUACGGGCGCAAGAGUGUACGAUCCGAUGUGGCCUGAGGACUGGAUGAAUUGUAUGACAGCUUUGACAGCCUGGUAGGAUAGCUCAAGGUUUGUGUCAUUGUAGAACCAGUCCCCAUGGCCAAUGGCCUCGCCAAUCUCCAGCCAAUUCACACCACCGGGUAAUGAAUGCAAGUCAAGGAUGAUGUGCAUGCCGUAUUUCUCAAUGGCAUAUGCCGCAAUGCGUUUCAGAAUCUGGAGUACUGCUAUUGGAUCGAUUCUUGCCUAUACCUCGCCUGAUAUUGCUUCGCUUGAGGGUCGCCGUUUGGCUUUCUUCUUCGCGAAGUUAAUCAUUGGCGUUGGAAUGGGUAUUUUAAUGUCCGCCUGCCAAACAUAUAUUUCCGAAAUUGCUCCGCCCAGACUUCGAGGUGUACUUCUUGGAUUCUUUGCCUUAGUUGUGGGUGUCGGUCAAAUGAUUGCAGUGACCUUGGUAUUUACUCGGAUUGCAAUUAUCAACACGUCCCGUUCGCUGUUCAGUGGGGAAUUUUCCGGACUUGCCAUCAUCACAGCUUUCAUCCUCCCAGAAAGUCCAACAUAUCUGCUCACCAAAGCAAAACGUGAGGCGGCAGAGAAGGCAUACACAAGACUCUAUGGAUCGAAGUCGGAUAUCGCAGCAGGCUUGAACAUUAUCCAAUCAACUAUCGAUCACGAGAGAGCUGCGGCAGCUUCAGCCCAGAGCGCAACCUACGCGGAGUGCUUCAAGGGAACAAAUUCACGCAGAACUUGGAUCAUCAUUCUGAUGACAACCAUGCAGCACUUCCUUGGUGUCUCACUUCUCGCCAAUGCCAACUACUUCCUCAUCAUGGCUGGCAUGUCUCCCACGAAGUCUCUCCAGGUGUCUCAGAUCGGCAUUGGGCUCCAGAUUGCCUGCAUAUAUACCUCGUGGUUCACUAUGAAUUGGUUGGGUAGACGGUUCCUCACUCUGGCUAGUACUGCGGGAGUUGGAAUUGUCUUUGUUACAAUGGGCGCAGCUGGCUUCUAUCAGCAUGAUACUAAGGCUUUGACUUACAUCGGAGCCUCCAUUCUCCUCGUCGGCAGCAUCACUUCCCUCGGUCUCGGCAGUGUCUGGCCCGUCCUAGCAAACGAAGUGUCAUCCAGCAGACUGCGAGCCAAGUCAUCAGGUAUCGGAUUCCUGGUCAACGCAUUCGGAGGUGGCGUCUUCACGAUCGCAGUCCCAUACAUGUUCAAUGCAGAUGCCGCAAAUCUCGGUGCCAAGAUUGGGUUCGUCUUUGCCGGGUUCUGUCUUCUCGGAUUUGUCUUGGUGUGGUUCAUCGUCCCCGAGACCAAGUCCAAGACCUAUGAGGAGUUGGAUUAUUUGUUCGAGAUCAAGGCUAAGACCAGAGCAUUCAAGGCGCCCCUUGAGAGACCUGGAUUGGACUUGAGAGCAUGA